AUGAAUAUGUUGGAUGAUGAAGAUGACCAAAGCUUUCACGCUACGCGUGACGGCUACUCCCAUUUGAGCGAUGUCGAAUGGGAUGCGGUUGAACGAAUGGGUUCGACCAUGGGCAUCCAUGCUGUUAGCGUCAUGCUAGAGGCUCUCAAUAGAGAUGCCCAACAUGUUACUAUCGCCAAGUUCAUUCAAAAUGAACUUGACGCAGAACGCGAGAAAGUAGCCUUGCUUCACCAACAAGGUUCUCAACAAGCAGAGUUGUUGAGAGAACAAGGUGCUCAACAGUUUGAACUGUUGAGACAGCAGCAGGCUGCUGCUGGCGGGUCGAUGCACUCGCGUCGGCCCGAGACUUUGAAGAUUGACAUCUCAAAGGCGCGUCGCAUCGACGACGGGGAUAUGCAAGUUGCAUUUGCCCAGUCAAAUCUGGCAGGACGUGCCAAGACUUGGGCACUGGGGCUCAAGCUGCACGACCCAUACGCGUUUGGGUCGUUGGAAGUCUUCAAGUCGCGGCCUCAGACAAACGUUUGA